UCGUGCUGAGUAUGGCACAGACGAUAGGAGCUGAUCUGAAUGUCUGGAACCAACGAGAAGUGGUUUGGCCACUGCUGCCGACCCAACAACUGGGGAUGUCAGAGUUUAGGGUCGAAACAUGCGGGGAAGGUGGGCGACCAUCUGGAGACGUUGUUACCAAGCAGAGAUUGUGGCGGACUAAAUCAGGCAUGGACAGGAUGCCCGGACAUCAUAGCAGAUCAACCUUUAUCUUCAAGGCUUCAUGUGUUUGGAAUCUAUGUGUCGCUGUAGAAGGAUGUCUUAUGUCCCAACAUGACCUACAUAUUACCUUGGCCUUUGAACUCAAAGAUUGCUUGUAGAUUUGUAAGAAAGCAUGUCCAAGAAAGAACUGUUUUAUCUUUCUUUCUGGCAGUGCUUUAUAAAAUAUUUGGCAUACAGAGGUAUAUGCUACAUCAUAAAUCAACAAUGUAUUUUGACCUCCAAAUAAUGCAAAUUGAUAAUGAAUUUAAACAAGUACGUCUGUCCGAAAAAGAAUGUUUUCAGUCUAGAAUUAUGAUAUUUUGCUUGUGAUUGUUUCAUCAUUGGAUGAUGUGUGAUUACACACGUAUGUCCCUGAGACCUUUGAUUCCUUGAGUUUAAGUGUUUCUUUUUUUUACCAGAAUAAUUGUAUAUGUAAAAGGUUUUUUUUUUGUCUUUUAUCCAUAUGAUCAUUAUGAUGUUUGGCAUGUAAGUGAUACAAUACAAAAUGUGUAAAGUUGCAUCAUGAUCUCUGUAUGACUACACACAUUUAUUGAAUUAGAAAGGUGUGAAGUAUUUUUAGUGUACCAAAUCAAGUUUUUUAUUUAUGUCAGCGACUUUAAUCUUUAUGUUACACAUCUGUUGCACACCCUUUGUUUUAAAGCUAGCUACACAACAUAUAUAUUGAUACAUGCUUUAUUCAUUUGUUUUGGUAAUAAUGCCAAAAGUUACUCCAUUAUAAUAUUUUCUGCU